UCCGAACCCUGUAAAUAUUAGAGAUGGAAGGAGAGUGAUCAAGUUUGUGAGAAAAUGAAUAAUUCGGAUUUGUUUGUUAGAUUUGAUUUUGUUAUAAAUAAAAAAAGAGAUGAUGGUAACAGAAUAUCUGGUUCUCACACCAUUUGUAGAGGCAGGCAGGCGUGCAUGUCUUAAAACCGUUUGUAUUUAGCUUAUCACUCACGCGGCGUGUGAGCCAUCCCACAUUAUUCAACCCAAACCAUACCAAUUUCAAGGAAGAAACUUUGCCCAAAACCAGGAAGAAAAGCAAUGGAGGCCGCCAACAACCAGAGCAGGAAGAGAGCGAGGGACGACGAAGCAGCAGCCGACAACACAGAAAUCCUCCAAGCCAACAAAAAAGAAUGCUCCAAUCCCGUCAUCGACCACGACGAUCAGAAGCACUACGAAUUCCACGACGGAAUCGGAGUUUUCGAUUUCCCGUGGCUCAAGGAGGGCGUCGUCUUUGAAGACAAGUUUGCGCCUUCUUCGUAUCUAGACGAGGCUGCGGAAGCUUAUUUUGCAGCGGACUGCGAUCAGUCGUCUUCGCCGCAAAAUCUCUCUGUUUCUCCGCCCGUCGACGGCGACGCCGGUGACGAUGAUAGUUUUCUGUCGCUGCAGGUGGUGGAUGAUCUGGAGCCGCUCGACUGCAUUUGGAGCUGCGUGAUUGAUCAACCGCUCCUCGACGUUGGAUCUAGCAAGGGAUAAUUAUGAUGGUGCAUGAUCCAUUUUUCUGCAAAAUCAUGCUUUUUUGAGCCAGGAAUUAGAUCCGAGGCGCCGUCGAAACUCGAAAAUACUGUUUUUUCUUUUUUCAUUUUCUUUUCUUCUUUUUUAAAUUAGAGCAAAUUAAUAGUGAGAUGUAGCCAUGGGAUUAGAUCCAAUACAUAUUUCCAGUGAACCUAAAUUGGAGAGAUGGAAAUACAGAUUACGAUGAGAAUUGAAUAUUAGUAUCUAUCAUCCAUUACCCAAAA